UUAAAAGUGCAGAGCGAGCUCCAGAGCUGCCAGGAGUUUCCUUCCUUGGAAGCACUCACCUGAUCCCUGCAGGAAUGGCCCCAGGUCUCAGUGUUUCCCCACGAGCUAUGGUUCUGCUCCUGUCCCUGCUGGGUCUGGCAGCUGCUGGAAGGCUCCUGGUGGUGCCAGCGGACGGAAGCCACUGGCUCAGCAUGCGGGAAGUGGUGGAAAUGCUCCAGCAGAGGGGACACGAGGUGGUGGUGGUGGCACCUGAAGUCACUUUGCACGUCAAGCCAUCAAACAGCUUUGCCAUGAAAAUGUACCCAGUUCCCUAUACACAGGAAGAGUUUGACAAAGCAUUCCAGGUGUUUCUUCAUGCUGUCUUUGAAGAAGGAUGGAUUAUUAAGAGACUUUUUGAAGCAUUCAAAGGGAUGAAAAUCCUCACUGACUGUUGGGUCACCAACUGUAAGCACCUCCUGCAGAACAAAGAGCUCAUCGGGUACCUCGAAGAGAGCAAGUUCGAUGCCAUCCUCACAGACCCUGUAGCAACUUGUGGGUUGAUUCUGGCGGAGCAUCUUUCCAUUCCUUCUGUUUAUUUCCUACGAGGAGCCCCGUGUGGGUUAGAUUUAGAUGCAAGGCUGUGUCCCAACCCCCCUUCCUACGUCCCCAGGGUAUUCACAGACAACACAGACCGCAUGAGCUUUCUCCAGCGGGUGAAGAAYCUCCUCUUUGACAUCCCACUUACUUUCMUCUGUGAUUUUGCCUUUGAACCUUACUCCAAACUGGCUUCMGAGUUCCUCCAGCGGGAGGUGACUGUGCUGGAUCUCUUACGCAAGGGCUCUGUUUGGCUCCUGAGGUAYGAAUUUGUGCUGGACUAUCCRAGGCCCUUGAUGCCCAACAUMAUCCCRAUUGGAGGAGUAAACUGUGCUCAUAAGGAGCUGACUCAGGUGGGUCACACCCAGUUGUUAAUUCAUGAUCUGUGUCGAUGAGGGUGGAAUUCUGUGUUGCAAUAGGAAUUGAGUUUGUACAGGGUGAGUGUUGUGAAUAAUCAUGAAAAAAUCUGGUUCUCUCCCCCUUUCUUCCUGGCUUUCCAUUUCCUGUGCAGGCAGCUGUUCCUUCUGGCUUUCAAAGCAUGCUCAGUUGAAAGGAAACAGCAGGGUCUUCUAGUGAGGGUCUGUGAUGGGAUGUUGAUUCCACCAGCAAAGGGAAAUUUGUGGACAGUAGGACAAUGUGUUUUGUUUGUUUAAUAAACAGAUCCCAUGGUAUGUCCCAGAGAAGCUUCAAAACACUUUCCUCCUCCAAAGCCCAGCUGUGAUUAUUGGAGCAGAUCUGA